UGGCGUCCAGACUCUUGUUGUCAGUCACUUUCCCAGCGAACAGACGGCGGCUCCAGCAGCAGGAGGAGCGAAGACGGUAAUCCCCCCUCUCUCCACCACCUCCUCCUCCUCCUCCUCCAUCUCCUCUCCGCCCUCCCAGUCCACCCCACCCCUUUCUGAAACCCAGAAACCGGUGGCAGCAGCAGCAGGAGGGGGGGAACAAAACCUCUCGGGACACCUGUGCUGCUGGAUGCUCCUUUUUUCGCUUUUGAGAUGAUUUGAGAUAAAAAAAAAAAUUUAAAAAAAUCUGAAUUGUUGGAUGAUGCUGAUGAGAAGCGGGGAUGACUGAGACGGACACAAGCGGAUAAAUCUGCCUCGAUUGACGGUGACGGUGACGGAGCGGUCGGCGGAGGCACCACCACCACCACCACCAGCAGCAACAGCAGCAGCAGCAGCAGCAUCAGUCGGUCGGCUGAUGGAGAUGGCGUUGUGAAGGCGGAGGGAUGCUGCUGAUGAUGAUGAUGAUGGUGAUGAUGAUAUAGCAGGUGCUGCAGGGUCGUGCCGCAUUGCCUGGCCGCCGCGAGCGACGCCGGGGAGGACGGGGAUGCUGUCGUCGUCAUUGUGCCACAGAGAAAGAGGCUUUGACAUGGAGGGAAGCGGCUGUUUGUCGGCUCUGAGCUCAGGCCGCCCGGAUCAGCAGGUUGGAUGUACCGCCUGAAAUCCUGGAGGACCUGAGUCAUGAUAUACAUGGUGCAAAAGAACAAAAAAAAUCUGAAUAAAGUUGAAUUCUUGGAGGUGGGAUUGAAAUGUUUCCGUGCGUAAAAGAAGUGAAUGGCCCAUAUGUUGAUAAUGUAUCAUUGGAGCAUCAGAGCAGCGUCUGUGCCAGUUCAGGGUGGAUUACGUCUACAGAGCAGCAGGCCUCCAUCUGAAGUCAGCGACUGAUCAGGAAAGCAGAACAGACCAGGAACACUUCAGACACUUCACCCUGUUGCUGGAGGUAACUGUUUAUUCUGUGCUUUCCACUGGAAGCUGCCGUGGUGUGGUCCCCCGUGGAGGGACAGCUGUUGCAAAAGAUGACUCACUUGCAGGCUGGCCUCUCUCCAGAGACUCUGGAGAAGGCCAAGGUGGAGCUGAAAGAAAACCCGGAGACUUUACACCAGGACAUCCAGGAGGUCCGGGACAUGAUCAUCACCCGGCCGGACAUUGGUUUCCUCAGGACAGACGACGCGUUCAUCCUCAGAUUCCUCCGGGCGAGGAAAUUCAACCACUUCGAGGCGUUUCGGCUGCUGGCACAGUAUUUUGAGUACCGACAGCAGAACCUGGACAUGUUCAAGAACCUGAAAGCCACCGACCCGGGUAUCAAGCAGGCCCUGAAGGACGGUUUCCCCGGCGUGCUCUCCAAUCUGGACAGAUACGGCAGGAAAAUACUGGUCCUGUUCGCAGCCAACUGGGACCAGAGCAGAUACACAUUUGUGGACAUACUGAGGGCUAUCCUGCUGUCGUUGGAAUCUAUGAUCGAAGAUCCCGAGCUGCAGGUCAACGGUUUCAUCCUCAUCAUCGACUGGAGUAACUUCACCUUCAAGCAGGCGUCCAAACUGACUCCAAGCAUGCUGCGGCUGGCCAUCGAGGGGCUACAGGACAGUUUUCCUGCCAGAUUUGGAGGAAUCCACUUCGUGAACCAGCCCUGGUACAUCCACGCUCUCUACACCGUCAUACGACCCUUCCUCAAAGACAAGACCAGGAAGAGGAUCUUCAUGCACGGCAACAACCUGAACAGCCUCCACCAGCUGAUCCAUCCUGAGAUCUUGCCGUCGGAGCUCGGGGGGAUGAUGCCGCCGUACGACAUGGGCACGUGGGCGCGAACGCUGCUGGACCACGCCUACGACGAGGAGACCGACUACUGCCCGGAGUCCUACACCCUGUCAGUACAAGACCUGGAGAGAGACCUGGAGAAGAACCUGUCCCCAAAAACCAUGAAGAGGUCUCAGUCGGUGGUGGAACCGGGCGUCCUGAAACGGCCGGACAAAGUCAAGAGUGAAGAAGACAACAUGCAGCCGUUGCUCUCGCUGGACUAAGCCGACACACAUUCAGCUCAAAAGCAUACUCGAAUCAAUAUUAACACACACUCACACUCACACACACAAAAAAAAACUUACCUGUGCACACCUUACCUGCUGUAAGCGACACGCGCGCCCUGAAAACACCUUCCUCCAGAAAAAACGCUGCUGCUGCCGCCGCUGCUGUCGGAUUCUUGUUUCUCUUGAACUCGAGGAAAAUCACGAAUGAGACGAGAAGGACGUUUCCUCACAGAGGAGGACAUCCCAAGAGCUACUGAUGUUGUUCUAUAUAUUUAUUUAUUUAGUUAUUUGUCAAGUGCCAAUUCCAACAACUGUAAAUUAACGUCUUUGAACAAUCCAGCCCGUCGGUGUGGAGCAGGGAGAGGAGAACAAACACGAGGGCAAAGAGAAAGAGUUUCCACAUACGUGUGUGAAAACAGUGUUUGCUACAGUUGUGUAAUAUAUCGGUGAUGGGCGAUUUAAAAAAAACUGGAAAUCAGACUUUCAAAGAGAGCUCGGGGCGAUGGAUCUCGAGCUGCACUUUUUUCGUCUUUGUACAUUAAUUUGAAGAAAACGCCUCGUAAAGGGGCGAGAAAAGCGGCUCAGGAUUAGCAGAAGCGAUAUAAACAAGCUUGUUCAACCUCCUGGACACAAAACUGGCAGACAGGCAGGCAGGCACUGGGUUUACUGGAAGUUUAUUGGGUUAAUGGGCAUCUUUCAGUCGCGCUCCAGUUAUCUCUUGGAAAAAGCAAAUCCCCUUUACGGCGAGAGAGUUGGCUCUAUGAAUUAUGUUUUGGUUUCUUUUGCCUUUCGGCCAUUUUCCCUCUUUCUUCUGACCCAGUAUUUCUUCUGCCAUUAGGAAAACGUCAUCAAGUAUUCGUUUGGCUGAAGAUGAAAACAUAUAUUUUGAGAAUCUAACAGAUAGGACGUCUAACCAGACAAAUAAAUAAGGCUAAAUUUAAUUUUUUUUAAAGCAGAGACAGGGCAAACGCAUCGCCCUCUGCUGUUGGCAAUAAUAAUCUCACUUUGACAUGGUCAAACAUUACCGCGUUAAAAACAUCUGUUUAUUAAACAUGUCAGUAUUAUAAGACUGAACGAGUAACACAUUAGAGGACCGUGUUGGUAUUUUUUGCAUGUUUUAGACAGUUUCUUAAAAAUCACGCUCUUUUAUUUGCAUAAUUUAAGUAUAUUAUUGGUGUUUCACAUCGCAGUAUUAGUUUAUAAUCUUAACUCAAGGUCCACUUAUUAGCUUUCUUCCUAGCUUUUGACCAUAUUUCAUAUUCUAACUGUUAAUUUUCAGGUUUGAUUCAAGAUUUUAAGCGUCCACGCGCUGUCACGUCAUAAGAAAAUGACAUCGGGCAAGAAUUAAACUCUUCUUAAAGGUGCCUUGUGGAGUUUCUGACCACUCGGAGUGCUGUUGAGCAACAUUUUUUAAGAAUUGGACAAUUUCCUGCCGUUCAUUUCACACUCUUCCACUAAUCGACACUUGUUUACGAGGCGUAGCAAUGCAACAACAAAAAAAAGCAACAAAUAAGAAGACUGCAAUCGAGCAAGUACGAGAUAAAUCGAUGCAUCAUUUAAAAUAUUCAAACUGGGAGUAACGUCAACAUGACUGGCAGUAAAUACACUGAAAGUGGUUUGCAGUCCCUGUACAGAGGUGUCUCGUCUAUAUUUUAUCCCCAAAAAGUAUUAUUUUACAUAUUUAAAUGGCAGUAUUUUAUUAUAAUUACAGUCAUAUUUCCAUUUAAAUUCUAUAUACUAUUUAAAGUGACACAGACACUAUUUCUGUUUGCUCCGCUCACUGUUUUGUAUGCUAUACUGACUUCCCAAAAAAAAAUCCAUAUGCACCAGCUGAAGGUGUUUGACAUACUGUACUUUAGGCUCACCGCAGCUUUAUGAUGUGAAGGUAUGACAGCCGAACGUUAAAGAGGCAGACAGGAAAAAUGCCACUAUGACGGGCAGAGCAGAGCAGAGCAGAGGAAAAGUCAGUCAGGCUGGCAAGCACGCAGCCGAGCAGAUCACAGAAAGGCCGGCGGGCAGGCGGGAAGCGUGAGGUGGCCGGCCUCAACGAGAGCAGACAGCUGGAAUGUUAAACUAUCAACACCAGCGUACACGACACGUCAACCCCACUUACAACAGCUCGGAGGCUCGACCCUGCACAGAGUCGAGUUAGGCUGAUCUGUCUGGAUGAUAUAACCAUCGACCGCGCGUGACGGUGAUAUUGUGUUUUUAUUUAAUACGUGAUCAGUCAGUCCUCAGAAAAACAGUUGCUAUGAUUCAAAAUGUAUCAUUUGUGUGACUCAUUAAAGGACAAGUCCAGUGUAAUUUCAUUUUGAAUUCUCAUUACUAAACUCGACCUAGUUUCUGUUGGUACGCCUGUCGAGCUUUCUGUCCUCUCCGUACAGAGCAGGUCUAGACUUUAUAAUGUUAUUUACAGAGACCCAACAAUUCCCAUCAUGAGCAAGCACUCGGUGGCAGUGGUAAAACUUCCUUUAAGUAAGUAACAAUAAUGUAAGGUGCUGAUAAUAAACGAUGUAUAAAACGUGGACGUGACGUCGUUUUGCAGCCAGCCUCAAGUGGUCGUCUGAGGAACUGACAUCCACACUGGCUUCAUUUCACAGCCAUGGAGAUUACCGCUUGAUACUGACGUGCAGACUUUGCCAAACCAGAUCAGGACGAAGCUGCUAACGUUACAUAACUAACAUUUUUUUGUUAAUAAUCUAGUAGUAACACACUGUUUAAUCUCUUCAUUGUAGUUUUGUUCCAGUGUUUUUUUUUUUGGUUAUCAAAAGGCUAAAAACAAAAGACAUCACCCUUCAAACUCUUCAGAUACAGAGCAAACGCCCAGUACACACCGCUUUGACAUGUGGAGAAAUGAAAAGCUUGACAGCCCUGCUGUGCCUGGUUACAGUUGCUUAGGAGAGGUUUAGCGAACAAUCAUUUCCCAUGAAAAACCCAAAGCCGUCAGUGAAUUCGCCACAGUCACGAGUCCUGAAAUCACGGCCUCGCGUUUAUUACUUGGCUUUUGUUGCCUUUACCUCCUGAGGCAAAAACAUGCUUCUAUAUAUAUAUGAAGAUCAACAUUCAAUACUGACAUCCAUGGUAAUUAUGUUGACAUGGGUUGUUCAGGCAGAGUAAAAAACAUUGAGCUCAAUCGUCUCUUCACACUUACUUCUGUUAGAUUCAAACUGCUCUUGAUACACUCCAAUGGUUGCAGCGUUAAACAGGAAAACAAAGACAUUUAAACUGCAUUCGUCAAAGCAACACUUUUUCCAUGGAACAGGACACAAUGACUCCUGAAAGCUUUUCACUGUGGCAAAAAAAAAAAAAAAAGGUAAUGGGGUUGAAAAUUAUGGAAAAUUACACUGGUGUUAUUUUCUGAACCUCCACGGGGUGCAUUAUUAUCUGUGAUAUCCAGGCAUAUCAUCCGCCUAAGUCACAAAAUUGGAUUGACGCGGUGAAGAGGUACUUUUGACUGAGCUUAGUUUUCAGAUUUUCACAUAAAUAUUAUUUAUUAUUUCUGUGCAGAGUUCAGCACCAUGCAUCAAUAUGCAACCUGUCUCAUAGCUGGAAACAAAGCUCAGAUUGCAGGGUAUGAAUCGAACAUUCGGAGGGUUGGUAAGCAACCAUUUAAUAAUAUACCUGUCUGCAGAACCGGGCUGGGGUUCGACAAUGAAUGUUUAGUCCCACACAGUGUGGUUUGAUUGGUCAUAUUAGGGUGGAGAUGAACGUUGAUUUCUUUGAAUUCUGUGAAAGGUCUCCAGGUCAUCUUUCUCCAAAAAGGUUAAGUCUGGGGAAACUGGACUGUUUGUGGGAAGACGUUUCGCCUCUCAUCCAAGAAGCUUCUUCAGUUCUUCAGAACAGAUCUACAAACAGUCCAGUUGCCCCAGACUUAACCUUUUUGAAGUUGAUUUCUUUGGUUUGGACUUGGGUUUGGGUGGCUCCUCAAUCAGCCGUGCAGCCUUAUUGCACAAAAACCCGACUUUAAUAUGGGCGACUACCAACUUUGAGGAGUUUUUGUACGAUUUCUGAACUCACUGGACAAAAACACAACAACUUUAUUGCAGGUUUUGGUGAAUCUAGAUGUUUUAUGGAAAAACUGUUUCUCCCACUGAUCUCCUUUGGCAGCUCUGCCUCAAAUCUCUUUUCCAUUACCUGCUUGCCCCAGUUUCUGCUUCCUGGCGCCAAUUCUGGUGCCACUAACAGAUCCCAGAAAAACUCUUCCUUCCAGUGGACCAAAGCUCCUAGUUUGUUUCCAUCUAAAGGGUAUAUUAGCUAGCAUCCAAUCACAGUCCUAAAUUCAACACUCAAACCAAUCAAACCACAGUGGGUGGGAUUAAACAUUCAAUGUUGAACCCAGGCAACCGAGCCAGGCUGCAAACAGGUAUUUUGGUCUGUUUGUGUCUGCUUUAGUUGCCCUCUCAACACAUAUUAAAACAUUUUUAAUGUUUAAAACGGCUCAAAAUGUGUCAAAGAAACAUCAUCACUGGGCAUAAUCUGACUUGUAUUAUUAUUAGAAGUGACAUUUUUUGCAUCUCCCUACUAGUUUAAAUCAGUCCGUUGUAGAACUGCCAGUUUUGUGCACAUCAGAGAGACUGUAAUAAACUGUGGGUCACACCAUGUUCAUCAACAGUGAUUUCCGUGCAUUGGUAGAAAGCUGAGACAGUUAAACACACACAUAUAGGGUAUACAGUUACAGGCUUUUUACGGUAUCAGUGUCAAGAUGUGAAGGUAAACACAUAUUUGUACUAUAAACAGGGACACACACACUCACACACACACAGCCACUGUAGAUGCUUCCAGUUGUUAGGAUGCAAAGUUUACAUGAAAUAAACAUCUGUAUACUGCUUGAAUAUAGCAAAACUGAAUCUCACGCAGGCUCACCGGUUAUUUUUAAGGUGUUAAGACGUUGGUAUCAGAGGCGGCUUCGUUUGGUUGUAAAACUUAUCGUACGUAGAGAAACUUAACAAUGGUAACACACAUGUAAAGAUUUUAAUUUUAUUACAAAUAUACUUUAUGGGGGUGAUGCUUUGUGCUUUGCCACACAUUUAAGAUUUUUUAAAUGUUUUUUUUUUUUGUCAGUAUUUUAUUAAAAUUGCUAUCUAUAAUGUUUAUUACACAGGUGACAGAUUGGUAUAUGUUGUAAGAAUUGUAAACAGAAUUAUGAAGCUAGAAUCUGUUUUUAUUUUAAAAAAGAAUUCAGCAUUUCGAAUGUUCUCUCUCUGUUGUUGUUGUUACGUCUUUCCUGAUGUCCUUGGAUCAAAGUAUUGAUGAAUACAUUUUGAAACCUGUGUCGAUGGUUUUCACGUUUUAAAAUCAAAACCAGGAAGCCAUCCUGGAGGUUCUCAGCGAUUUUUCUAAGAGUUUGAUUCAACAAUCUCAACAAAAGCGAAAAUCACAAAUGCUUCAUUUUUGUGCUGGUUUUUGACUGGAAACGUGUUAGAUUUGGUUUGUUUUGUCAGUUUACAGUGAGAUAACAUGGAUUUUAUUCAGCUACACAACACUGUCUGUUGUUUUCACAUCAGUUUACAUGGAAGGAAAUGUAGAGCGUACAUACUGUUUUUCUCUGAUGCAAAAUAAGAUGACCACCGAGUCAGCUCAUUCAGUUUGGCACCAGAAAAUCCAUAAAUCCAUAUUAGUCAAGCACUUUCACCCUAAACAUUAAUGUUGAAAAAACAACUACAACACGUGACAUGACAUUUACAAAAUAUUGUUUUCAUACUCUGAAAGAACAUAAAGGUUUUCCUACUAAUGUCAACUGUGCGUUAUUGGAGCCAUCUAGUGGCCAUUAGCGGAACUGCGUCUUAAUUUGUUCAUUUCAGUGUCAGCUGUGUGAGCUUUCCAGCUUUGUGCUUUCCUUCAAAAUAAAACCAGCACAGGAAAAAUAGAAACUGCAAACCAUAUCCCAACCAGUACUGUAACAUUUUGUACAAAUCCAGAACUGCAUUUUAUAUUUCAAGGUUGUUUUUCAGAUUUCCAAAGUUUCCAAUAUAGAUUAUAUAAAACAUGGAUGUAGUCACCUACACCUAGAUCCCGUGGCCACUGGAGAAACUUUAUAAAAACUGACUUAGCGUCUUCAGUUUGUCCUGCUUCUCAAAUCCUCAGACUCAUUUUGUAUGAGAGAAAAACAGUGAGCACAUUUUACAUUUUUCUCCAUGACCUGUGAUUUGUUUUCAGAUGCGCAUGCUCUCAUGACAGAAAAGUAUUUAAAAUGUUGAUUUUUUUUUUUUUAUUAUUUCUUAAGCAUGAUCACACUUAUUUGGAUAUUUAUUUUUACCGAGACUUCCGUGAUGGAGCCAAAUGUGGGUCGCAGGAAGGUCAGGACGUCAUUCUCAAACUACAGGACAGCGUUUGAAUCCCAGUUUGGAAUACAUAUACGAUGAAUCCAAAGAAAUGGGGUCCAUGUGUUGGAUCUGCAAACACGAUAACCAUGAUUUUUUAAAAGCCACUACUCCAGUUUGACCUUUGAGCUGACCGAUGCACGGAGACUCCUUCACUGGGAUACAUGUUCUGUUUGCAUUCGUCUGGCUCAUAUGUUUGACAGUAUAUGACGAGUAAACUGUAAGCUGAUUAACAUAACUUUGUUUAUUUAAAUGAACCGAUGACAGUACAUGCACUCUGUAGAUCUGUUAGUAUUUAAAUGUUCACAUGAAGAAUUUUGAGGCGCUGAAACAUUUCCGACAUGGAAAAAUGAAUCAACAAUGCAUCAUUAUGGGAUCAAACUCACCUUCACAAGCUUUGUCACUGUACCGCAGUCUUUAUAACGAUUAAUUUACUUGUAGAUUGAACUAAUAAGAUUAAUUCCUCACUGACUUUGACUAAUGUUUGAUUUAUCUCAGCCAAAGCCACCUCUUCCAUUAAAAACCUGAUGUACCGCGUCUUUGAAUAUUUGGACUUUUUGUUGUUGUUUUUUUUUUUGGAUAAUUUUCUGAAGAUGAAUGCAUAAAGUUCAGUUGGUGAUAUAUUUAUUACAUUUUCAUAUCACUGUUCUUUGAUUGUAUAGUUACAGUAGGAGCUGUAGGGAGACCAAAACUCAAAAAUUGUGAAGUUAUGGAAAGCCAGUAUAUUAUAGGAGCAAAAAAAAAGUGUUCAGUUAGCAGGUGUUAAAUGUAUAAAUGUCUCAAAGACAAUUUGCUGAAAUGCAUUAUGUAAAACGAGCAAAAAUAAAUAUGGACACAUGUAGAUUUUC